AUGCUGUGCUCCGAGAUUACCUUGGCUGUGCAACAAGAGGUUGGGAAGACAUUUAAGGGGGUUGGAAAACAUCAGAAAGGUCUUCAUGCAGACGAGGGAGCGUCAACAAGUACAUCAGAAAUGGUGAAGAAAUCUAGUCUUCUGCCCAGAGAUUCACGUCCAGUGGGGUUACAAUCCAAAGUUGAAGACAUAGUAGGCUUACUGGAAGACCCAGAAGUACAAGUCAUAGCCGUCGUUGGUAUGGGCGGCUCGGGGAAGACCUUUCUUCUUCAAAAUGUCUACAAAGCUGCAAAAUCCAAGUAUGAUCAUUGUAUUUGGCUCUCUAUUUCUAAAUCUUAUACUCUCAAGAAUUUGCAAGAUGAUAUAGCCUCCCACAUAGGUGUAAAUAGUAAAAGUGUAAGUGAAGAGAGAGCGGCUGAAUUGAGUCAUGACCAUCUUCAAGGGAAUAGAUCUUUCAUUGUGCUGGAUGAUCUCUGGACGCUGUCUACUGAAAAUUCUCUAAUCGAUAAACUUGGUCUGCCAGCCGAUAAAGAUUGUAAAAUUGUGGUCACUACAAGAAAUAGGCAGGUUGCUUUAAAUUCAAACGCUCAAAUCUAUGAGAUGCAAAAUUUGUUAGAUGAAGACAGUUGGAUGCUGUUUUGUAUCUAUGCAUUUCCGAAUAGUGCAGGAAAUAGAGCGCCACAGCACAUGGAAGAGGAGGGUCGGAAGAUUGGAAAGCAGUGUGGAAAUUUACCUCUUGCUAUUAAAACGAUAGCAGCAUCUUUGGCCAACACUACGCUUAAAAAUUGGGAGUGGAAGCGCAGUCAGCUGGAAAGAGUAGUUACUCCCACUGGAGACGAUGACCCUGUCAUGGAGAUACUGAAACUGAGUUAUGACUCUUUGCCUGCACACCUUAAACCGUGUUUUGCAUAUCUAUCCUUCUUCCCCGAGGAUGAGAAGAUAGAAGCAGAGUAUUUGAUAAAUCUUUGGAUAGCGGAAGGAUUCAUCCCGGCAGGAGAGGACCAGUGGGAUUUGGCCUGGUAUUGGUUAGAUCAACUGGACAAGCUGUGUAUGCUUCAAGUAUAUGAGAAAGAUGAUGAUAUUUUUAUCAAAUACUGUAAAAUUCAUGAUUUGUUGCACGAUUUGGGAAUACACUUAUCAAGAGAAGAUGUCUUCACGUACAAGUAA